UCACGUGAUUUAACCGGAUCGUCAUGUCAUGCUUCUUCUAGGUGGCCAAUCUGUGACUCUUCCUCUCCAAGUCCUAACCCUCUGGGGGAACGACCCAAUCAUUCAACCAACCACCCAAUCUCUUCGUAUUCUUUGUUGCCUCGUGUAGUCCAUGGACGUGCAUGGUGUUGCUUCAAACCGCCAUCAUCCCUCUUAUCGACCCUCUUUCCUUGCCACUGGGGUACUCCUCCACUGAUCCCAUCUCAUCCCAUCCCCCUUCAACGCCCACCACGGGGCCAUCAUGUCGUUGAACUCGCCUGCCGUUCCGAAUUCUUCAAAAGCCGCCGCCGCCUCAUCUUCGAACCAACCCUCGCCCGUUCAAACCCAGCCCAGCUUCAUCGCAACGGGCGAUAGUCACGGUCAACGUCGAAGUGGGGGCAGUUUCGGAGCGGGGGCAUCAACUCGAUCUGCGCCCGCGCCACGCAACAAUCAGGCCGCGAGGAAGCAGAACAAGGCUUCGAAGCGCUUCCGACAAACAGAUGAGGAUGCCAUUGCCGAGUCGCUCAGCAUGCGUCCCUUCAACAGCAGAAAGGGCCAGACAAACAUCACCCACUUGAUGAACUUCAGUCUGCCUCCUCGCCCUCAGAACCACCACUCUCAUGGUCAUGGCAGGAGCUACCGACGGAAUCCGACGUGGGGCAUGGGGUCUGGCUACCAUGCCUCGGAUAAAGCAAGAUAUGUCCACGCCAACUAUCGCUUCAUUGUGGACCCGCGUGGCGACUAUCGCGCCCAAAGCGUCGACGCCGACAUUCACUUGGACUGGAAUAAUGUCCUACAGAUCUUGGCCUCCUCGCAAUCCCAGGACGCUUCCUGCCCCAUCUGCCUAGGGACUCCGGUAGCCCCCAGGAUGGCGAGAUGCGGUCACAUAUUCUGCUUGCCCUGUUUGAUCAGAUACAUGCACUCGGAAGACGAUGGGAAGGGAAUGCCUGAAAAGAAGGCGCGAUCUAAAAAGUGCCCAUUGUGCUGGGACACCAUCUACAUCUCGGAGACACGUCCAUUACUUUGGUAUAUAGGUCAGGAGAGCGAGCCGCCGCGGGAGGGUGGCGACGUUGUGCUGCGCUUAGUUAUGCGCCCGGCCGGGAGCACGCUGGCCAUGCCCCGGGACGGUGCGGAUGCACUCGGCAAAGACGACGACAUUCCGUGGUUUCAUGCUGCCGAGGUCAUGGACUACGCACGUGUGAUGCGUGGUGGGGAAGACUACAUUGUUGAGCAAUUUGACGCUGAAAUUCGUCAACUGCAGCAGCAAGAAAAGGAGGACGAGCUCAUGUUUGGAGAAGACAACAUUGAGUGGGUGAGAAAAGCGAUACGUUCGAUUAAUGAAGCGAAGGAAAAGGCCAAAGGUAUUGGAAACCCUCCCGUGCCCUCUUCGAAGCCAGCCGAGCAGAAAUCGAAGAAGGCCCCCAUCGUUUUCCACGAGGAUGAAACUGCCACGCCUGAUAUAUAUUUGGUGCAGAACGCCUCCAAAUCGGGCCAGAGUCUACCCUCACACUCACACUCACACACACCCAACCCCGAAACCGCCUCUGCAAGUGGGGAUGGCGAUGCCGCCUCCAGCAACCGAAAACUAUCCAUGUCUUCACAUUCGUCAAAAACAAGUCAUGGAAUUGGCUCAACCAUUGCAGAAAUUCGAAAUCGUCAACAACAUGACAACAGCCAUACGCCGUCCGAGUACUAUUUCUACCAAGCCCUUUCGCAUUACUAUCUAUCGCCUUUGGAUAUUCGCAUUCUCAAGUCAGCCUUUGGAGAUUUUGCAACUUUCCCGUCCACCAUUCUUCCGCGCGUGGAGCGAGUCUCAACUGGCCAUGUGGUGGAUGACGAAUUGCGGAAGCGUACCAAAUAUCUCGCACACCUGCCCUAUGGUUGCGAGGUCAGCUUUCUUGAAUGUGACUGGACGGAUACGGUUGGUCCCGAAGUGUUGGAACGAUUCAAGCCUGAUAUUGAGCGGAGGAGGAAAAAGCAUACCGAUAAGGAGACGAGGGAAGAGAAAGCACGGCAAAGGGCGGAGAAGGCCGAGUAUGCAGAGUUUGCUUCCGCUAGGAGGAAGCGACCGAGUAUAUCUGAUCAAUUCUUAGCGGAAGAGUUUCAGCCUUUGGCCAGUGGCAGCAUCCCUGAGGCUGCUAUGCCGACAGACGGGGAGACAGUAUCAACAUCACCACCAUGGCCGGCCCGAAAGGGUCAAGGCUUCGCUUCACUAGCGUCGCCCUCCACAAGCCCGUCCGCACCCCGCACUGUAUGGGGUACGGCCCUCGUAGCGGGUGCGUCUCCUGUCAUUGCACCGCAAGAGAUGGCGAAUGCCGACGACGGGUGGCUUCAAGGAUGGGAGAAGGAUCUGCUGCAAGAAGAAGAAAUGAUCGCUCAGGCGCAGGCCAUGUCGCUGGGCGAGGAAGAGUCACCGAAGAAGCUAGCUGGGGGAGGAAAGAAGAAGAAGGGAAAGAAGAUCACUCUUAUGAGUACAAACGUCAGACGAGGCGCGUGAAGCGUGAAGCGACACAGGGCGUUCAUGUUUGCUGCAACGAGCCUUGAGCUCAACAGUACCUAUUUUAGGCAUAU